GGGAUUGGAAAUAAGUAACAUACGUAAUUUUAUAAUAAACCCCUUCAACUUGGGUCAAUAUGAAAAUAAUAUUGUGAUAAGUCCGCUUUUUAUAAUAAAUUUCUCAAUUAGGGCAGAAUAAUUGGAUUACAGAGAGGGAGAGGGGAAUAAUUCGUUCGAAUCAUCAUCGAAGUCUUUUGUGUUGGAAUUCAUCCAAAAGCAAAACAAAUAAUUAAGUUAAUUUAAUCCAAUCAUUUAUAUUAUUUUACUACACAUUAUGUAACUAAUUGAAAAUUAAAAUAUAAAGAGAGUUGGAAAUCAAAAUAAUUAAGGGCAUAAAAUCUAUGUAAUUUGUAUUUGUGUGCGUGGCGUAUCUAUUGAAAUCUGGACACAAUCUGAUCCAGCGACGCAGUAGUUAUACUAAGGUUUUAAAUACUGUUAGAAGCAGCCUAUAAAAAAGAGAUCACCAAUUCACCAUAUAUAAUGGAAUCUCUAUAAAAAAGAGAUCACCAAUUUUGACAAGGUCUCUCUCUCUCUCUCUCUAGUACUUGAUUUUCCAGUGUACAUCAAGAAUGGGAAGUAGUUUCUUUGGUAGACCAAACAUCAGAGGAUCUUCGCCGUCUCCAACAUCAUCUUCUUCAUCUCCGGCUACGAGAAGAGGGAAGAAGAAUGGUUCCGAGAAGCCAAAGCAGCCACAAAGACGCCUUGGGGUAGCACAACUGGAGAAGAUUAGAUUACACGGUGAGAUGAGUUGCAACAGCUUCAACAAUUACAAUCCUUCUUUGCAUCCUCAGGAGGAUGUGAGAGGAUAUUCAUCCAUACCAUCAUCAUCAUCGUCCUUUACAUAUGCAUUAUCAACACCAACAUCAACUCCUAAUGGCUUCUAUCCGAACAUGAUGGAACCAAGUUUUACAAGGCGAAGUAAGUCGUUGGGAUGCGGAAACCAAAACUCGGGAUCAAGUGACAGUCAAGAGUUAGAUUUGGAGUUGAGAUUGUCACUUUGAUCAUUUUGUAAUAGUCUGAUCUUCAUGUAAUGGAAAAGAAGUGUAAUGCAUUUGUGAUUAUGAUAUUAUCUGUUGUGAUGGUUAAAAUAAAUUGAAGCGACAACAGCUGAUUAUUUUCUAUUUAGGGGCAUCAAAUUUCUUUUCUUCUUAGUGAUUGUCUGCCCAUUUUAGUUGAAAAGGUUUAAAAUGCGGAAUCGUUUGUACAUUUUGAAGAAUCAAACUGAUUUUUAGAUGAAUAAUAAGUCACAUUUGCUUCAUAGAAAUAGUAUGCUGUAGUAGUCUUGUUUUCUAAAAAUAAAAUAUAUUAAUAAAAAAAUUAUUUUUUUUCAUUUAAUUUUUAUUGCAUACAACUUCAUCAGAAAUUUUACGAACUAAAUUCUAUAGUCUAAUUUUUACGGUCCAACUAAUCAUGCAAUGUUUAUAUCAAAAUCACUUUUUGUCGACUUCAAAAUCACUUUAAAAAAAUUUAAAACCUACUAAUAAAUAUUUCAAACGGUCAACAAAAAUGAUAGAAUGUCUAGAAAAAAGAUAAAUAGUACAACUCAGGUGCACAAAAAAAGAGAGAGUAUAACUCAAAUCUUUUGGCAUUCGAGAUUUGCAAAACCAGACCGAAAAGCUAACAAAUAACGAACCGGUCAAGACAUGAACCAAAAUACCAAUACAUAACUGACUAUGAAUUGCCGGU